UGGGGGGUAUAAAUGCCCCAAUUCCAUCUUAUCCUCACGUCAGUCGAGACUUCCAUAGCCAUGAAGUUGCCUCUGAUAAUUCUAGCAGCUCUGAUCGCACUCGCUGCGGGCAAGCCGAUAGAAGAAUGCGAACAAUGGUGCAAAAAAGAUUCCACAGAGAUGUCGCAGUACUGCGUACAGGAGAGUCAAUGUUACAUUAUGAUCCCCCAAUGUAUGGUGGACCAGAUCAAAUGUAUUGUCAAGCACGGGGGUCAAGAUCCAGCAGAGGUUCUAUCUACUUUCGAGGACAAUUGCAAGGACAAGAAACCCAAAUGUGAUAAUAUUGUAUCCCACUUUUAACGCUAAAGAACGAUUUAUAUCGUUAAAUAUACAUUUUCAAUAUAUA